GGUGCACGGACAUGGAGAUGGAAAGAAAGGACAAAGGCAGAUCCGUAAUGGUGGACAAGCUCCUAAUGGGUACAGACUCACCCUUCACCAGACGGGUGGCAGACUAUCAGCUUCCCGAUAAGUUUAAGGUACCCCAAAUUCUAAGUUAUGCAGGAGACAGAGAUCCCUUGGAUCACCUAGAGAAUUUCAAAGCUCAUCUAGACCUUCACGGGACACCCGAUGAAGUAGCAUGUCGGGCCUUCCCUCUUACUCUUUCGGGGAAUGCCCGAGACUGGUUCAGGAAGCUGCCCCCGAAUUCCGUUGAUCAGUUCAAGGAAUUGUCCAAGAUAUUCCUAACGGAGUUCUUGGCUUUCCGGACAAGGAAGAAGCCUUCGGGAUAUUUGCUAUCAUUGCACCAGCAAGGCAAUGAGAGUCUUAAGGAGUUUAUGGCUCGGUUCAACCGAGAGAAGGCUACGGUCGAAGAUCCGACCGAGGAUAUGAUUUUUGCUGCCAUUUAUCAGGGAAUUUCACCCGAGGAGCCUUUGAUGAAGAAGUUGAUCCGGAAGCAACCGAGUACCUUGCAGGGCCUCAUGGAUAAGGUAGAAGAAUUCAUCAAUCAGGAAGAGACGCUGAAGUCUAUGGCCAGUUCUAGACUACCCCGAGAGACAGCCCCAGAAAAGAAAAGGAAAGAACUCAAGAAAGCUGAUUGGGAAGAGCAGAGGCAGGUAAAGAAGUUCAAAGAUUACAACUUUACACCUCUCAAUGCCGAGAUAUCAGAAGUCCUCAUGGAGAUCAAGAGAGAUCCGGCGUUUCGGGAACCACAAAAGAUACCAGAAGAAUUCAUAAAGAAUGGCAAGCUAGUUCGGUUCUUGGGAGAGCGACGGAACCAUCCAGGAAAUAACAGGCCUCGGAAUCAUCAGGACUAUCAGCCCCGAGAUCAACAGCCACGGGAUUAUUAUCCCUGAGACCGUCCUCAGCUAGACGAAAGGCAUCAAGAGAAUGCUCCCCGAGAUGACAUAGAAAGAAGAAAGGACCGAAGAAGCAGAAGCCCACAGCAUAGAGAGCCGAGGCAACAGCAGUAUCUGCCCGUGAUCCCAUAAAAAGGACUCUCAGGAAUUUCAGGCUUGCUUUUAUUUUUUAGCAUUUAUAUUUGCAAAGAACUAGACUUUUAUUUUUAAUUCAGACUAGACAGAAAAUUCCCCAGAUUUUGGGAAUAAGUAUUUUCAGAAUAAAUGAAUAAAGCUGACUUAAGCAUCGGAGUGUUCCCGGUCUAGGGACCAGGAACCCGUUGAUGUUGUUUCUUUUGCAGGCAAAAACUCUCGGAUCAGUCCUAGCCGAGAGUCUCGGAUCAGUCCUAGCCGAGAUCAAGAAGAAAGGGGGGUCGUCUCGGAUCAGUCCCAGCCGAGAGUCUCGGAUCAGUCCUAGCCGAGAUCAAGAAGAAAGGGGGGUCGUCUCGGAUCAGUCCUAGCUGAGACCAAAACUUCUCG